AUGUCCCCAUACAAACGACUAAAUAACAAGCUUUGUAUCUCCUCAAGAUCAGCUGAAAAUCAAAAUGCCGAAAAAAAUGUCGAUUCAUUUCAAGAUAAUGAAUGGAGUUCAGCAAUUCAUUGUCCGUGGGAAAUAAUUAACUGGCUGACUCGACAUAAAUCGAAGCAUCCCCAACUGAAAGUCCAAAGAUUAUGCAAAGUUAUAAUCCUCCUGUUGCCUACAACCUUUGUGUCAACGGCAUUAAGAAUAAAUCUUAAACCAUUUAGUCUGCGGAGUGGUUUACUUCAAGAUAUAAUUUUUAAAAGUAGAGAGCACUUCUCUUAA